AUGAAAAGGAAUAAUUCUAAUCAAUCAACAUUAUUAAACUUUGGUGUCAAAAAAUUAAAAAAAGAUUUAAUAACUGCACCAGACAGCAAUACAACUGUAAAUACCACAGAAAACAAAAGGUUAGUUUCUUCAUCAGACGAAUUAUUCGAUAAUAACAAUCAAGACAUAGGUUUUUAUUUAAAUAACAAUGCAAUUGAUGACGCUAAAAAGUAUAAAUUAUUAAAGCACCCAUGGAUUCCACCUAAUAAUUAUGAGUUUCCUAUUUCUCAAAACCGACGUUUAAAAUUUCAAACUGAUUGGUUUAGGCGCUAUGCGUGGUUAGUUUAUUCCAAACAUGUAGAAGGUGCAUUAUGUAAAAUUUGCGUAUUGUGUUCGAAUGAUUUUGCUGGUAAAGGUUCACAUCGAAAAUUAGGAGCUCUAAUUAAAGUACCUUUUACAAAAUGGAAAGACGCAAUUGAACGUUUUAACCAACAUUCAAAAAGCGAAUAUCAUAAAUUAUCCACUAUACGGGCCAACGAUUUUAUAAAAAUAAUGGAAAAUAAAAAAAAAUCUAUCGUAAAUGAAAUUGAUUCUUCACUGGAUGAAACUCAAGAUAUUUCCCGAUUGGAACAAAUGUCAAUUUGUGUGCGUUAUGUUGAUAUCUCAACCUAUUGUAUUCGAGAAGACUAUCUUGAGUUUGUGGUAGCAAAAAAUUUGACUGGUGAGGGUUUAUCUAAAACAAUAAUGCAACAAAUUGAAAAAUUUGGUUUAGAAAAACAAUAUCUUGUCGGACAAGGAUAUGAUGGGGCCGCGGCUAUGAGCGGGCAGUUCAAAGGUGUUCAAAAAUAUAUCGCAAGUGAGGUGUCAUAUGCAUUAUAUGUUCAUUGUGCAGCUCACUCACUGAACUUGGCGAUAAGUAGUUCGUGCAAAGUUGUGGCUAUAAGAAAUUGUAUCGGAACGAUUUCCUCUGUCGCUACAUUUUUUCGAUCUUCUUCACAGAGAUCAUAUAUUUUAAUUGAAUGUAUUAAAAAAUAUGUUCCAAAUAGUCGUCAGUCAACUUUAAUACGAAUGUGCGAAACUCGAUGGAUUGAACGUCACGAGAGUAUAACUCGUUUCAAAGAGUUGUAUUUGAGUAUUUAUCAUGCUUUAAAACAAUUGGAGAGUAGUUCUAAUAUUGAAACAUCAAAAACUGCAUUUCAAUUAUCUAAUGCCAUUAGCGCUUCGAAUUUUGUAAUUUCUUUAUUCGUAAUUGAAAACAUAUUUUCUCUAACCUUACCUCUGUGCAUAGCAUUACAAAAAGUCAAUAUAGAUUUAUCUUAUUGUUAUGAAAGAGUUGAUGACGUGCGUACAAUUUUAAUUGAAAAGAGAAAUCAUUUUAUUCUUCAACUAGAAGAAAGAUUUUCUAAACAUCAUCGUGUAAUGUCCACUAUACAAUCAUUAAUUCCUAAGUACAUAACUCAAAAUACUACAUAUUUAAACAAAUUUACGGAAUGUGCAUUGUUUUACAAACCAUUAUUACCUAAUUUCGAUACGUUUGAUACUGAAAUUAAAAUCUGGCAAACACAGUGGCAAAAUGUAUCUGAUGAUGAUCGCCCAAAAUGUUUAUUAACUACCCUAAGUCAAAUGUCUAGUGAUUUCUAUCCAAAUAUAAAGUGCCUUUUAACAAUAUUAGCUACUUUGCCUGUAACAACUGUUACUGCAGAGCAUUCAUUUUCAACAUUGCGGAGACUGAAAACCUAUUUAAGAAAUAAUAUUGGACAAGACCGACUAACAGAAUUAUCGCUCAUGAAUAUUUAG